UAGCAGAGAAAAUGUGAUUGCUCUUGGAACGAUAUUGACAUUUUUCUUUACAAUGGAUAUAAUAAAGAUCUCACUCCUUCUUCUGUGUGCCGGUAAUGUAUUUUCAAGCCCAAAUAAAUCUUCAAAAUCAUGGCAAUACAACACUAGGAAGAUGAACUCAUUACUAGAUCAGACACAACACUGUUUCUGCUACCCUGACGGUGACCUCCCAGUCGUUAACAAGCUAUUGGACUCUGAAGAUCACGGCCUGGAGCGUUUAGUCGUGUAUCUCUACAAAGCUAUCAACUCCAACGAAAUCAAGAUGUAUACUCCAAGUGCAGAAAAACAGAUGCUUAUACCUGACAUACCGUACGAUUCCAACGAUGGACUUCUUACACUUACAAAUGAAAACGUUGAUAUGUUGUUUUACGACAAUCCCUACAAAAUAAAAGUGUACAAUGAUCGUUUCGAAACUCUAAAUCCAACUGUAGUAAGCUCCUUACCUAUCGGACUACACCAAGGAGAGAUAGAACACAUAUUGCCUGGUGCUAAUGAUGACACAAACUCGAAUGACAAUGAUAGUAGCAAUGGAUACGAUUACAAUGCUUACGCGAAUCCUCAAUAUAAUGGUUAUGAUGACGCUAAUCUGCCACAACCAGAAGCCUCACCCAUAAAACCUUUAGACUUUGAUUCAAACGGUUCUCCUGGCAACAAUUUAGAGCCAAAUCAAAACACAAAUCCAGAGAGCUUGGUGCCAGAUCAAAACUGGGUUGACCCAAAUACAAAUCCAGACAGUUUAGGGCCAGGUCAAAACUGGGUCGUUCCGAAUAUAAAUUCUGACGGUUUGAGACCAGGUGAACACUGGGUGGUCCCGAAUACAAAUCUUGAGGGUUUGGGGCCAGAUCAAAACUUGGUUGACCCAGGUACAAAUCCAGAGAGUUUAGGGCCAGGUCAAAACUGGGUCGUCCCAAAUACAAAUUCAGACGGUUUGGGGCCAGGCCAACACCGGGUAGUCCCAAAUACAAAUCCUGAGAGUUUAGGACCAGAUCAAAACUGGGUUGACCCAAGUACAAAGCCAGAUGGUUUGGAAUCAGAUCAAAACUGGGUGGUCCCAAAUACAAAUCCAGAGAGUUUAGGGCCAGAUCAAAACUGGGUUGUCCCAAGUACAAACAUAGAGGGUUUGGGGCCAGAUCAACACUGGAUCAUCCCAAAUAAAAAACCAGAGAAUUUUGAAGAAAUUUCAGCUGUUUUGAAUGCAAAUGAUUUACAAGAUCCAUUAUUGCCCGAAUCACAAGCAUUCCCGCUGGCACCCGAUGAUAAACUGCGCUCGCAAAUCGUGUAUUCCUUCCUUGGAGAUCUCGCAACAUCGCAGGCGGGAACCUUUGACGCAUGGUUCAAGCAACAAAUGAAGAGAUUCCAACAUCCUCAUUUUCCCGGUGAUCUAAAGAAUAUAGACAGUAAUUUGCUUAAAACACUGGUAGUUAAGAUCUUCUCCGAAAAUAAAAUAUAUAUCAGUACCAAUGGUGUGAUAACAGGACCAAAUGGAGAAAUAAUAGACAUAGCUAAUUUAGAACUCCGUGCACUGUUGUUAGGCGAAAAGAUCAAUCUUGAAAUCUUCAAUAACAGCGAAAAAAAAAUUAGCCUAUUAAAACGUUUGCCUUUCCUGGAAGGUAUACUAGUCACACUGGUGUCGCCUCCACAAAUAUUAGGCAUAAUACCACUUGGUAAGAUAUAUUUAACCAAAAGCUCAAUUUAUAUGGAUCAGAUACUGGGGCAAUUAAGUGCUAUAAAUAGUUCAAAGGUUUACACCAGUAAAUAUACUGAUGCAACCGUUUAUUUGAAUCCAUCACAAUCAACUCUUAACCGUUUUCUCUCCGAACCAGGAAAAAUAAGUGUUGAGUCGAUAUCUUCCAUCUCAAGCGCUGGUAAUACAGGUAAUUGGGAAACAAAUCUACACGCUCAAGCUGUUCCGCUUUCAAAUAAAGAAACGCAACUGUCAAGAGCGGGUCCAUACUGGAACAGUGGACAAUAUUACUCGGCUCCAAAUGUACCAUACCCUAACUGGAAUCCUUUGGUUGAAAUCCAGCCUUUAGGGCAAAGAAGGAAGUCAAAUGUAAAGAUUGAACAUCUUGUUGAACCGCCUCCAAUCAAAACAAGAAAGAAGAUAAACGAUGACCCUAGCACACAAAAAGAUACGAAAACAAAAGUAACAACUACAAUUACACCUUCAGGGAAUGUGAAUUCAACAGAACCUGCGAGAAGGUUCUCGGGACCUAUUCUUCAAGGAAUGUUGAAGACAUUAAUGUUACUUCUAAAUGAUACACCAAUUAGAAGGCAGUAUCAAUCAAAACAGAAUACUACGCAAAAUUUUGACAUAAUCAGUGAUUCUGAGUUGACGAAGUAUGAUGAGGAUGGUCCAGAUUUCAGAAUCAUUGGUGGCAGUGCUGCUACCGGCAGUGGAACCCCGGUCAGUAGUAAGGGCCGGAGUGGCUAUAAUGAAGAAAUGGCGUCAUAAAACUUAAUGCACAAAGCAUACAAUUUUCAUAUUUUUUUUAGUAGUUAGUUAAGUUAGUUUUAAGUGAAUCCUUAGAGAUAAAUGAAACGGCUUGUUAAUGGAAUUUUGAUUAUAAAUUAAUUAUUAAAUAUAUGGGUUUGGGUGGCA